AUGGCAGCCUUAGAUGCGAAGCUUCGUCGCCAGCAGCGCAAGGUCUUGUUGCAGGUUCUGGUCAGAGCCAAAGGGGACAAGGCUGUCUUCAAGAAGGAGGUGGAACACCUUAGCAAGAAGUCUCGAAAGAACACACUCAAGGUGGAGAAAGGUUUUUACACAAAGGAAAACAUGCGCAAAGUUUUGGGAUGGAAUGCGAAGCGAAUCAAGGAUGCGGUCAGGUACUGCACUGUGAAGUCAAGGGUGAAAACGCAUGUGAGGCGUGACAAGUAUGAGCGGGACCUCAAAGAGUACUGGGUUGACACAGCCACCACGGGCACAUUCGAGAAUGAACACGAAGAGUCUUUGGUUGACCGAACGUCAACUGAAGGGAUUGCCAGCAGCUUUGACCUUGGGCUCCCUGCUGCGCCAGAUGGCAUCGAGGACCAAGGUGACGAGUCUGAGGCCGAGUCUACUUCUGGAAAUGAAGCUCCCAGUGUCCGUUCGAAAGUUCCCAAGCCGGAUGACCUUGAGAAUGAGCCAGUCUUUGAGGCAGUUGAGAACAUCAAAACCGUUGUUGACAAUUUGCUUCGAGUUCAGAGCCGAUUGGAUACCCUCCGUGAGACGCUGACAGCCCUGAACACUUCUGAAAGCCAGCAGUGCCUCCCGAAGGUGGAUGCCUACCGUUCCAAGCUUGAAAAGCGACAUGAUGAGCUUGCCGAUCUCAAGUCUUAUUUCGAUGGGCAUAUGAAGGCAUCUGAUGGGGAAGAACAAUUUGAUAAAGCGAAGGUGAGCCAAUUGCAGACCCUGCUGCGAAGCAUCGAAGUGGAGUGCAUGCCCCAGACAUUCAGCUUGUCCAUGGAGGUGGUUUCUUAUUUACAUCUUCCCUACUUGCAGGACAUCCCGCGCUUUGAUGGAAGAUACAAAGCUGAAGAAGUCCAGACGAUCUUGAAGUCCACCAAGCCCCCGAAAGGGGAUGAGCCUGGUGCCAAUGCGCCCAGCGGCAGCGGCAAAAGGCCCAGGGCCAAAGCUCCUGCCAAGAAACGUAAGGCUGCCGUGGCAGAACCAUCCGAGCCGGCAAAGAAACCUAAGAUUAAGAAGAAGAAGGCAGCCAACUGA